CACGCGGAUAGUCUUCAAAUAUAAUACUACUACUAAUACUACCACUACGACUACCACAAUGCCAUGCCAUGCCAUGCCACGCACCGCAGACCUGCUCUGUAGCAUACAAUCAAGCUGCUACUGUACUGUACUGUACUAUAUGGACAUAUCAAACGUGAUCGCGGUUCGCUUCUUCUCCUCCGUAGCGCGGCAUUUGUCCCAUCCAUCGUCCGGUUCGACUUCGAUUCUUCGAUUGCUCCCUACAGACAGCACCCACCCAAUAAACCCCCCCCCCCCAAAGUCACUGCAAUAUGGCCCCUCAUAUAAUACACUUAAAAGAACGAAGAAAAAAGCAAGAAGCGCGAAACCAAUGCACCCACCACGGCGCAGAAGCUGAUAAUUCCGCCAAAAACGACAACGGCCUAUGCUCCAGGAAAUGGAGAAUGCACAGCGUUGGCGGCGCUGGUAAUCUAUCGCGCACGUUUGUCUCUCUCUCUGUGUGUGUGCCAGACAGGUCCGUCUGCCGUGGCCCCCAAAAACUAAGCCAUCAACGAUUGAAGCUCAU